AUAGAGGAGAAAUCAGGCAAAGGGUACAGCUCACUCUACUCCUUCCUCUUGCGUAUCAGAGCAGUGAAAUUUCUCUAAUCUCAAAUCUCAGUCCAAAGCAGGAAUGGAGGCUCCUGUCACCGAAAAUUCUUCCACUGGCAAUGACCACGACCAAGAGCAGGUUUUCAACCGUGGGGUGGACUCGAACCCUGAGAUUAAUCGAGAAGAAGAGCAAGAACAUGAACAAGAACAAGACGAAGAACAAGUUAGGCGCAUAUUGCAAGUUAUUUCCACCACUGGGAAUUUUUGGCAUAGUUGGGAUAAACUGAAGAGCAUGCUAUCCUCUAAAUUGAAACUGGUUUUAUCAGAAUAUCCUGAGGCCAAAAUGACAGUUGAUGAACAAAAUGCUUCAUUGGGUGAAACUUACCUAGAGUUGGUUACACGGCUAGAUGAAGAGCUUCAUUGUUUUAUUGAGGGCCCACCAUUUACCCUUCAAAGAAUCUGUGAGAUCUUACUUGCUGCAAGAAGCAUCUAUUCAAAACUCUCAAAGCUUGCCCUAGCACUAGAAAAGAAUUUGCUGGUAACCUCUACAUUGACGGUCUGCACCAAACCAUACCCAGAAAUGAAGCCAGUUCCGGGACCAGAAAAGGCAAGUGAGGAAGCUCAACCACAGUGUAAUUCAAUCCAAAAUGGGAUUGAACCUACGGCAGGAGACAGGGAUGAGAUCAUGUCAGAGGUGGAGGCCGAUAUUGAAGAGAUUACCGUCGAUAUGGAUGCCUUCCAAGAAAUGGCGGGACCACAGGAAGUGAAUUCCACGGAGGCUGAGAAUUCUUAGGUUGAUACACACCUUAAAGCUUUCGGAUCCACAUGUUGCUCCCAUAGAAUGGUGUCUAUGUUACAAUUUUGAAGGAACCUUGAGGAUGAAAGCAACAUGGGGCAGGGAUUUUGGUCCUUGAGGGAUUGAAACGAAUAUUUCUUGUUCCCAUGAGAUAUCUCCCUCGAGGGUGCUGUAUUUGUAAGAUUGUCAACAUGUACCGGUGUCUUGUUGAACCAUUUUGCCUGUCAGUGUUUUUAAUGGUUUGCUGUUGU